AUGACUGAACCAAAAACCUUCAAUGAGGCUGCUACUGAUCCAAGAUGGAUGGACAUCAUGCAGUCAGAAAUUUCUGCACUUGAAGGUAGUCAGACCUGGGAAAUUGUUAAACUACCUGAAGGGAAAAAGCCUAUAGGAUCUUUGAUCAAUCUUCAGUUCAAACAAAGUGAGUUGGAUCACUCUUUAUUCAUCAAGAAAUCAAAAGUUGGGGUUGUGAUAGUUCUCAUAUAUGUUGAUGAUAUACUCAUAACGGGAGACAGUAUCAAUGUCAUAGAAGAGACUAAAGCAGAUUUAAAGAAGGUGUUCAAGAUGAAGGAUCUAGGAGAGUUAAAAUACUUCCUAGGAAUUGAAUUUGCUAGAUCUAAGCAUGGAAUCUUAAUGCACCAAAGGAAAUAUUCCUUGGAACUCAUUGUAGAAACAGGACUAGGUGGUGCAAAACCUACAGCAACACCUGUAGAUACAAACACAAAGCUGACAACCAAAGAGUUUGAUGACUAUAUCAAAAGCACUGAAUCUUCUGUAGUAAAUGAUUCUUUAGCUGACCAAGAAAAGUAUCAAAGGUUAAUAGGUAAACUUCUAUAUCUUACCAUGACAAAACCUGAUAUAGCUUUUACAUUACAAACUCUAAGUCAGUACUUACAACAGCCAAAACAGUCUCACAUGGAAGCUUCUAUGAGAGUUGUGAGGCACACCAAGAAUCAUCUAGGUCAAGGUGUACUCUUAUUUAGUAAGAGCAACACUGAUAUCACAGCAUACUGUGAUGUUGACUGGGCAGUAUGUCCUCACACUAGAAAGUCAGUUUCAGGCUACUUUGUGAAACUAGGUGACUCACUGGUGUCAUGGAAAUCAAAGAAACAAAGCACUGUGUCUAGAAGCUCUGCAGAAUCUGAAUACAGGAGCAUGGCUACAAUAGUAACUGAAUUAGUUUAG